AGUAACCAUAGAAACCGCGAAUACAACAACACUGCAACGACAAAAUGGAGCAAAAUCUCCCUGGAACAAACGAGCCGGCUGAGCUCUCCUUACUGAUAAAAUCACUGCGGUUUGAGCGGCAGUUAAAGGAGGAACUUGAAAACCCCCCGCCCAGCAUGAUGGACAGCACUGUGUGGGGCUUAUGCAAAGACUUCACCGUCGAAGGGGGGCGCUAUAAGAUUGCGGCAUAUAUUAAAACCUGGGAUAUCAAGCCCGUUUGGGUCUACAACGUGGACUACCUUGGCACGGAACCGGAGGAGGACUUCAAGAUCCACAUCUACAGGGGCCUUUUCAUGGCCCCUACCGCCAGAAAACCAAUAGGGGACAGAGUCAACAUCUACUUCGCGAUGGAAGUGUCGAAAGCGGAGCCCGAAGCUCCGGUGGAAGUCCGCUUCAUACUCGAGUCCCGGCGGCUCAUACACACUCCGGGGAGGAGCAAGUUCAGCGAGAAGUGGCUGACCGACAUCACCGAAACCAAGGACUUAUUCCAGAGAAUGAUGGAGUCAUAAAUCAUAUAUAACAUUCAGUUAUAUAACUGGACUUUAUCUCAGCUGAAACGACGGCACGCCUGUUAAAAACACGCCUAUGUUAGAUAAAACGGUUACAACGCACUGGCCAUUGAGAGCUCGUUCAGAGGCACGACGUGUUGGCGUACUAAAUAAAGCACACUGAACAGCAACAUAGUCGUAAAAGUCUGUGUCGGCGAGUGAGACCGUACUG